CUAUCCUACCCUUCACCCAGAAGCUAAGGAGACUCCUUUGCAAAGGCCUAAACAUGGUUCCCCUACGAUCAGAACCUUCCUCCUUCCAUAAGCCCCGUCGCCUUGCCUCAAGGCCAGGCUCAAAGCGUCAGCCAAGAAUUCCACCAAGUCAGCCACCUCCCAUCCAGGCUGGAGUGAAGCCUCCUAUUCACGUGCAGAUUUCUGAGCUGCACAGAAAAAUCCAAUUGUUGGAGGGCGACCGUAAGUCCUUCUAUGAGAGCACUCAAUGGACCAUCAAAAAGAACAAGCAAACCAUUAAGCAUCUUCGGGAAGAGAACAAGAUAUCAUACCAUAGGCUGUCAGACAUGCUCAGUGGUGAGGAGAAAGUAGUUCGAUGGGUCGUCAAAGAGUGGAAGGAUGAAAAGUCUCAUCUGAAAAACAAGAAUGGGGAGGAAGCCCUAGCCCUUGUGGAUCAUCGGCUGAAUGAAAAGAUGAAGCAACUAAAUUCCCUUCGACAUGAAGCAGAACUAAAGCAACGACGAAUUGAAGAGCUCCAGUUACAGCAUUCCCUUAGAGCGCUAGAGACAAAUGAACUACGGGGCACUGACACUGAGGUGGCAAAGACCACCCGAAACCUAGAAAAUCGACUGGAAAAGGCCAAACUGAAGUCUGAUGAAGCAGAGAACAUUACUAAAGUUUACCUGCAGCUGAAGGCCUACAUGCAGGAGGAGAGCCUGAACUUUGAGAACAAACUGGAUGCAAUGGAGGCUGAAGUCAUUCGACUAAGACGUGAGUUCUCAGAACUGCAGAUUGUGAGCCAUGAAGCUGAAGUAGCUCGGGACUCUGCCAAGAGCCAACUUCAGAAGCUAGAGGAGAACUUAUUCAAAGAUAGGAAGGAGCGAGAGAAGGUCAUGACGGAGGCCAAGAAGCGAACAGAAGAGAAGAAGCUUUUGAAUGAGCGGAUUGAGAGGAAGACCCAGCAGCGUGAUCAUAUACCACUUCGAUCUGAAGAAACCGUAGAGUUCCAGGGAACAAGAGCAGACAUCGUAAAAGUCCGCUGGUCCAUGUUCCAGACAGAGAUUGCUUUUGAUAGGAUCAAGGAAGCCACUGGUGUAGCUGAUCCCAACGCUGUGGUUCGCAGGUUCUUGGCCCAGGGUGAUGCAUUCACACAAUUGAAGUCUCUAAGGCAACAGAAUGAUUCGGCCCUUGUGAAACUCAGACAAGAGAAGAAGCAUCUGCAGAAAGAGCUCACUGAGCUCAAGUACUCAGGAGAAACCAAGGCUAUCAGGAAUAAUCAGGUUAUGGAGGAGCUACAAAAGCAUGUGAGCACCCAGGAGAAACAAGUGGCAGCAGCUAAGGAGGAUUUGGAAAGUACUAUUCGAUCACUGUUAUCUGCCAAGGCUGGGGUUGAGCAUCUGGCCAUCAAAUUGCAACCCAUCACUGUGGAGAAAAGCCAAUUUGCAAAAAAGGAGCUAAACCCUAAUGCCCCAGAUUAUGUGCUGGAUCUCAUGGCUCUGAAUGAGGAGAAGCUGCUUCAACUUCAGAGUGAUAUGGAGGGGCACGAUGUACCAGACCUACUGCAUCAUCUUACUGAGCAGGAGUAUUAUGCCACCCUGGAGGGGAAGCUUCCUGCUUACAACACUCGAAUCUCACUGCCUUCAGAUACCACCAAGGACAAGUUCUUUGAUGAGGAAGAAAGUGAAGAUGAGACAGGGGAGAUAGUGACCAGAGCAGCCUUGAAGUUCCAGUCUCAGAAACUCAUAGAGUCCAGAAGCAAGAAGAGAGGCCGAUCCCGAAGGCGGUCAUAG